UUUGUCUUCGUAAUCACUCCUUAAAAAAAACAACUACUUUUUUUCGCAAAACCCCAUCAUCCCAUUUCCCAUUCACCUUCUUCUUCAUAUUUCUCUGUUCUGUUCCAAAAUUUUCUUUUUAGAGUGCUUUAGUUCAAGAGAAAUGAGAACCGAAAAACCCAUCUACUAAUUUUCUUCUCCUGAAAUCUUCUUUUUGAUGUUCAUCUGAAAAAGUUUUCUUGUCGACAAGAAAUGGAAAUGGUGAAGGGCAAUAAGCAGCAAAUUUCUGAUGGGGACGUUCAGAUUUCCUUGAAGCAGGAGAUUCUACAGCUUGAAGAACAAUUACAAAGCCAGUUCGCCACUCGCCAUGCCUUGGAGAAAGCAAUCAAUUUUCAGCCUCUAUCGCUUUACUCCGCUACCGAAGACGCGAUACCAGAGGCUGAGAUGGAACUGAUUAAACAGAUAGCGGUCUUGGAGUUAGAAGUCGUUUAUUUGGAAAAAUAUCUUCUGUCUCUAUACCGUCGAACUUUCAACCAACAAGUAUCCUCUUUUUCUACCAUGGAUGAUAGGCUUGAAUCAUAUAUUGAGCCUAAUAACGUGAUAGAAGGAGAACAUUCCUGUAUUCAUUCCGACCAUAUCGUGUCACCAGAAACUUUAUUUGAUAAUCAAUCAAAAGGAAGAAACGUAGUUGAGGAACCAGAGAAGCUGUCACACUUGCAUCGCAGCAAUUCAUCUCUGUCGCAGAGAUCGCUCGGUUCAUCUAGAAACUACUCUCUGUCAAAGUAUAUGGCUAAAGCAGUAGAUUCAUACCAUUCCUUUCCAUUAUCAAUGCUGGAGCAAUCUCGAAUUGAUGUUCCGAGUUCUACGAGCCUUGGGGAGCAUCUCGGUGCCUGUUUAUCCAUUCGAGUUGACGAGUCGCCUAACUGGCUUUCCGAGGAGAUGAUCAAGUCCAUCUCUGCAAUAUAUCGUGAACUUGCCGAACCUCCUUUGAUGAAUCACAACAACCCUUCUCCAAUCUCACCUUUGUCAUCCAUGUAUGAACUUUCUUCACAAGACUUUGGUAGUAUGAGGAAUUAUGAGAAGUCACUCAACUCGCAUUUUGAGAACCCUUUUCACAUUGAAGAGUUUAUUGCACCAUAUGACACAAUGCUGAAAGUGCAAUGGAUUUCGAGAGAGAGAAAAAAGGACUCAGAUAUCAACCACAUGCUACAAGGUUUCAGAUCACUUAUUUUUCGGCUUAAAGAAGUCAAACUCAAAGUGAUGAAACACGACGAAAAGCUCGCGUUUUGGAUUAAUGUACACAACACACUUGUAAUGCAUGCUUAUUUGCAAUAUGGGAUCCCCAAACAUUGUUUGAAGAGAAUAUCUUUGAUACUCAAGGCUGCAUACAAUAUUGGGGGCCACAUAAUAAGUGUAGAUAAGAUACAAAGCUCAAUUCUCGGGUGUCGUUUGCCUCGUUCAGGACAGUGGUUGCACCUGUUCCUCUCGUCGAAAACAAAAUUUAAGGUCAACGAUGUACAAAAGUCCUUUCCAAUCAACCAUCCUGAACCUCGGUUAUACUUUGCUCUAUGUUGUGGGAAUCUUUCUGAUCCGGCGGUACGUCUCUAUACGGCAAAGAGGGUGAAUGAGCAGCUGGAGGUUGCAAAAGACGAGUACAUCCUUUCAAAUUUGAGGGUACACAAAGGGCAGAGAAUUCUACUCCCAAAGAUCGUGGAGUCUUUUGCUAAGGAUUCUGGCCUAUGCCUGGAAGAUUUGGAGAACACUGUGGAAUGUCUAAGGUCCAACAGGCGGAUAAACGACAUUCAGCAGCGGCAACGGAAGAAGUUCUGGAAGAGUAUUGGAUGGAUACCUCAUAACUUCACCUUCAGCUUUCUGCUGCCCAACGAAUUGUCAUGCCAAUCCUUGUCUCGAUAGUUUCAUCGCCAAUUUAGUUUGUUUUUCCUCAACGGUAUCAAAUUGGAUAGUGGGAAUCCGAAGUAUUCUCUUCGGGAGAGAUUCGAUCGUGGAGCUACUACAUGAACGAAUCGUUUGGCGUUCAAGGAUGCCAAGGUUUGAGGGGUACAACCCAUUUUUAUGUACUAUGAUUUGAUUGCAGCUUGGAAUGACAGAUGAAUCAUGACCAAAGCCUUUGAGUUUUGUUAAAGAAAAGGAAGGGCCUACCAAGAAAAGGCUCAUGAUGUUGAAUUCAAAGGAAAGGAAAUGGUGGCAUUUGGACAAAAAAGUUGAGCUAUUUGGUUGGUCAAAAUAGGAGUAGCAGGUUAUGAUUCAACUGUCAUCCUGAGAUGUCUUGUCUGUUAUCUAUUGUUUGUUGAUGUAAUGUAUCAAAAUACUGCAAGCUUCUGAGACAUCCUUUGAUUUUGACAGUCUGCUCUAAGGAAGUUUGCCAAAUGGUUGUUUCCCAUCUGUGACAAUUGAGGAUGGAUUUCCCUUUACCCCUAAUAUUAAACUAUUAGAUUUAACAAAUGACAUCGUGUAUAUCUUUUUAUCAACUAUUACACUUUGAAAUCAUUUUUUUCGUGUUUUAAUGUCAA